GCACACCACCAGCAGCUUUGUCAACACCAGUUCACGCCCUUAGUUAGCCACAUCCCAGCCCCUCAGUGUGACUGCCCCACUCCCAUUACCACCACCUACCAGCUCACCCAACCCCCCCUCCUCCUCCCCCUUUUACACACCGGCUAUCAACCAUCCACCCAGCCAGUCAGCCAGCCAGCCAGUCAGUCCGUCACCUCAAGUGCUGCCACCGGCCGGAAGGAGCGGAGUCACUCAUACAGACCCAGGGCAGCAAAGGGGGAUCCCACAGAGCGUGUUUCAGGCUUGUCGUAGAAACACAGGAGCAAGAGAGGAGAUGGGACGCCGGUGCUUGGAUCAGGACUGAGUCUGAUCGGCACGUUUCGAGCUCCCCCAGCCCGGCUACAAGUCUCCCUUUUCCCGGCGCAGAGUCACGUUUUCGCCCUGACACAAUGGGGUUCUGCAGCGGACGAUGCACCCUUAUCUUUAUUUGCACUUUACAGCUGGUGAGUUGACCCACGUUUCCUUUACUUGUUUUGUUUCGAGUUUAAACAACAAGAAAUGGAUCGGUGAAGCUUAAAUAUUUCUUCAAUGACAAGACAUUCGUUAAAAUAGUCAAUGUUUUUACUUGGGAAAAGCUCAUUUUGAGUCAAACGUGGUCAAACUGUUUGCAGGAUAUAUUGGUAAAUAUUUGUAACCACAUAAAAGUUGAGUAACUCACUGAAAGUCUUGGCUUUUUAUAUUCUCUGAAGUGUGAGGAAAGUGACUGUUGUGACAGGGAACAUAUGGCACAGUUGAUGUUAAGAAGUCAGGAGCUACCAGGCUGUGAUUCCUGAUAAAAGUGCAAAAAUAAUGUAUUGAUUUGCUUUUUUGAAUAGUAUCAAAGUUGUCAUGGUCAUGUCAUGUCAUGCUGCUUGUGUUGUUUCGUCCACUUAUACACACACUCCUCAUUUAAUCUCAAGAUGUUCUGAAUAAGUCUACAAAGAAGCUGUUUUAGGAUGUUUUAAUCCCCAAAUUACAGCAGCACUAAAGUCUUGUAGCUUUUUGGAGCUUCUGAUCAGUGAACUUGACAUUUUACAGAUGGUAUCCGCUCUGACUGAGAUGAUCCAGACAGGCUUGCCUUUGCCACUAUCCCUGAGUAGAGUUUACUUGACAGGGUGUGACUUGGUUAUUUAUGGCUGCAUUAAAAAACUGAGCUUGCUCACUCCGAAAGCCCUGGAGUAAAUGUCGCUUUUAACGGCGAAGGGAGCAAUAAAGUCUUCCCCAGACAAAGAGUGAAAUGGGAAAGUUAUGAUAGGUUGUAUCAUGCAUGAGGGCAUCCGAAAACAAAGAAAUAUUGAACCCAUAACAAAAGGACAGUGUAUGACAGCAACCAGAGACAGUUUUAUAUCUGUUUGAGAAGAACUCUAUCUCUUACUACCUCUCAUGCCGCCUAUUUAAUGCAGCAGUUCUAGACCUAUUAAAGUGGUCCCUAGAGCUACAGGUUGGAUGCACACAGUUUGAAGUUUUUGUCCAUCACAGAUACAAGGGGAUCCAGCCUGAAUGAACCACCGUCUGAAUUUAAUACUCUUCUUUUAGUUCAGAUAUGAAGACAUUUACUUGUAGAGAGAUAUUCUACCUGUCUUCAACUUUAAUACCUCUGAUCUGAGUUUGUGUUUGUGGGUCACAUCAACAUAUUUAUUUGUUUAAUUUGUUGCUAUGGUUACUUAAUGGUAGAAUGGAUUUGCUAGAAGUCUGCCUAGCUGUGGUAGAUAUUGGAAUCACAGACUAUAACACAAAGUAUGAAGAGAGGAAGAGAGGGACACACCUUUUUUUCCCCUUCCCAGACUUUGAACCUUUUCGCCUCAUUAGAGAGGAGAAGGAGGAGGUCAACUAUUUGUUAAGAGGUUUAUAAAGCUGUCAGUGGGCUGCCUAAAAAAGUCCCUGAAGACUCCUGGAAGGCGCUUUAUUUCCCCCCAGCUCUAUUUCUGAAGGACUUGACACUUCCUGUCUGCAGGCGUACGCACACCUGCACACUUCUGAUGAGUUUAACCUGCAAAGAGGGGUCAUAUUAAACUCUCCAAGACCUUUUUUCCAAAGGUCAUCAGGUGGUAGACGUGUGUGUACAUGAGUGCGAUCCACAUGAAUAUACAUGUGCGCAUGUAAGCGAAACAACACAAGGGGCCUCGGCUCUCUCCUGGCUAAAACCUAUGCAUUGACAAUGAGCCAGGUUAUUCCCAGUCCAUUACAGGGUAAAACUACCAUUAACAAAACAACCUACCCUGCUCCUCAGAUGUAAAAAUAACCCCUGUGAACUGCCGUGUGUGCUAAUUAGCCCUGCAGAGUGCUUUGAUCAAACCUCUUUUGGCAUCUCAGCCGUCCCCUAAUUGAAUUGUGGUGCGCUUUUCCUCAUCAACGGGCCGAGCAGAGGGACUCAUCUCCCUGGGACAGAAGGCAACAGAUAAUGAGGCUGUAUUGAUCUAUACGCCUCUGUUCCCUCUUCCCUUCUGCAGACUAACCAUUCCAGACAGUAGGGCUGGAUCGUUGUCAGAACCCUGAUCGGCCCCAGAGAAUGGCAACCAUUGGCAGGAAGCCCUGUCAGUCUAAUGAUUUGUUUGUAUGCUUAGACGCAGACAAGCUCGUUUUGUGUCUCAACGGGUCGGUUGUUUAAGGUGUCGACCUAAAGUUGACCCCGACGUGGAAGCGUUCGGAUUGGUCCAAUGUGGUCAGACAUAUUGUGAAUGUCAGCGACCAGGCCAUGAGGAGGGAGGUUGCCCUGAAUAGAGUUGAUGGUUAAUGCGUGGCGGUGGACAGUGUGUGAUUGAUGAAGAGGGCCUCUUGGUUAGUCAUGGUGGUUUUUCAGGGAAAGGGCGCGCGGGCAGACAUGCACAUAAUCACAGUGAAGAAGGGUAAUGAGCUCGGAGUUGAACACUGACCUUGAAAACGCCGGGCUAUAACUUCGUUUGGUGAACCGACGGAUGCGACCUCACGAGACGUGGGCUGUAUAUCAUGCUCAGACACACCCACAAACACAGCUGUGUGCACUCUGAACCGUGAGUUAUAGGUUAGUAGGUCCUGUGCUGGGUGAAGAUUACAGCCUUUGUAUUAAAGCGGGAUGGGCAGCAGGAUGAGAGAAAUGGAGGAAAGAGCUGGAAGGGCUUUCAUUUGAUCACAAGCCAGGAGAAGAAAAAUCUGUCCAUGUUGUCAAAGUGAAUAGCUUCAUUUGUUCUCAUGCAGAACAAAGUGCUUCAGUAGUAAAAUGAUUCUCAGAGGCGGCUGAGAUCUGCAGGUUUUACCUCAUCUUUACCCUUAAAAGCUACAGUCAGACUACCCACAAGCACAAUAUAAGUGUGUGUGUGUGUGCGUGUAAUAUCUUGCAUCACACUGCCCACUUUUCCUCCACUCUUGUGAUGACAUAGCUACAGAAAUACCAACUUUGUAGCGCAGGCUUCACAGGAGAAGACCGGGUUCAACCAAAGUGCUUCCAAGAAAGUUUGAGCGGAGAGGCAGAGCACCUCCUCCCGAGGAGGAGCGAUAUCUCCAAAGGCACGACAUUAUCCCUUGGCAGGCAUCACGUCAUCAUCUCCCACACAUUACAAAGGAUUUAAGCUUUUUUUUUCUGUCUGUCCCUGCUUCCACUGCUUACUCAUUUGCUUUAUGGAAGCACUGACGUUUGAUUUCCUGUUGAAUAUUUAUGAACUUUCAGGAUGUCUAUAAAAGUACAACCACACACCUUGGUGAUGUGCACAUGCUUUACAACCGUGGUCUUGACUCAUAGCUCUGAUAUUCAAACACCAAACACUAAUAAUUAAGAGUAAUGUUUGCAGCAGGGGCAAAUAACAUGGUAAUAAAACAUUUUCUGGUAUCAAGCCAGCAGACCUGGGUGUAAAGAGUUACUGUAAAACCCUGUUCUGCACUGGCUGUUCCCAAAGGAGGCCAUAUAUCAAACCCUGGUUACUUCUAAAGCUGUUUGGGGGAUUUUUAUUAGCUAAAGAUGUCAGAGACAUCUGUUUAGGGAGUCUUUUUUGAUUGGUGUUUUGUGCAGCGCGUGUGUAACUCUUUUAGGGCGUCUGUGCGAGUGUGAAGUCCUGCGUGAUCAAUGAUAAUGAACUGUAUUUCCUUGGCACUGCCAGGUUGAUGGAAGAGAAAGGCCAGCGGGAACAUAGUGGAUGGUUACAGCUCUUUUAUCUCUUUGUUCCCUUCCCUCCUCUUUUUUUGCCUCUCUGGGCCUGCUAUUAACUUCUCCAGAAGCCUCUCCAGACUUUGAUUCAUAUCAUUGGGAAAAGAAUAUAAUUUUUUUUCAACUAUUUGCUUUGGUUCCACAGAUGGCUGCAGAAUAUGAUGGCAUCCCUGUUUGAAUUAUCCAUGCAGAUGCAAACUGUGGUGUCUGUGUGUAUUAGACACAGUCUGCUGUACAGACAUGAGCUCCCCAUAAACUAGAAGUGUUUGCCAAACAGCAACAGAUGCCAGAAGCAAUAUGUUUAACUGGCUUAAUUCGAAAGAUGAUUUCUAGUUUGGGCUUGGGGUUUCGCAAACACAAAUCACUAUUGACACUCUUAUCUCUAUAUUCUUUUGAUGUGGACUAGAGUUUGUAAUCGAUUUCAUUCUACCUGGUAUACAACAAGCUGUAGUCAACAUACACAUGCAACCAACAAACAUUAAAUCCAAGUAUCAGCUCACUGGCCUUUAAGCCAAACACAACUUCUAAGUUGCAACUUCUGUUUAUUCUCUUGUGUACCUUUGGGGUUGGGAUUUUGACCCUGGUUCUGUUAUCAUCCUGAAAACUCUUCUGUUGAUCAAUCCUCCUGAAUAUCAAUGAUCGACCCAUUACAGGAUUCUCGCUAGAGCCCCAAGGAAAAGAAGAGUGGAUCUAAGGCAGUCAGGAGAGAUGGCAAUACAUCUCUUGUAACUCGAAUAGUUUCUCAAACCUCUGGAACCGUACUUGUUAUUGACUCCCUAGUUUUGGUUUUACAGUAACUAACUGUAACAAUCUAGGCUAACUAGACCAAGGUGAACAGCAACUUUCAGGGAUCCAACUUAAUUAAUCUGCUUUGCAUUCUGAAUUAGGAGGUACCAAAAACAAAGUUAUCACAUCUCUGCAUGUCUUACAAUAAAAGGCACAUCUAUUACUUUGGAUGUCCAAAACCUUGCUGGCUGAAAUGAGACAGCAGAUUUUGGUGACUUGGCCAUUGUUAGAAAUUCUGCGAGUUGUCAGGACUUGAUUAACUAAUCGACAAGUUGCUUUGGUGACAAUGCAACUGAUUAACGUUACUGAUUAAAAAUUGCCAUCCAGACAACAGCGAGGGCUUGUCUUACAAAAGGUAAAAGCCUUUUUUUUUUGCAUUGAAAUUUCUCCUCGCCCUUUGAUUUUGAGACAAAACCUCAUUUUGGUUGUGAUUUACCCCGACAAAUCCAGCCAAGGCCCAAUAUUUGAUGGUCUAUAUUAGGAAUAAAUCAUCCUAUAGAUUUUCUGCUCUUCUGCUCUGAAGAUGAUCAGGGCCGCCCCAUUUUGAAAUCAGAUAUAUUUGACUUGUUCAGUAUAGUACGAUUGGAAAUCCUGCUGCAUGGGGGAAACCUUGAGGAUAGCCGAGCACAAAGUCUGUGAAUUGUCACAUGGAGCAGAAUAAUAUCAAAUAGCCACACUGACCCAAGAGGGAUGCACAACAAAUGCAGUCAUGACCGAAAUAGUGAAUAGAUGGAGGUCAGAAAUGGAGAACCAAUGUUGAUUGGGGUGAUAAAUGCUUAUAAAAGCAUAAAGAAGAGAAGUCAAACAGAAACUGCUUCAGCAAUGGAUGUGCUAGAUAGCUAAGCAGCUAGCAGUGUUUAUUACCAGGCUUUCUGUAUUGGUCAAAACCCUUUGACCACAGCUAUUGAUUCUAGAUAACAUAAGGGAUAACCUGAUCACACAUAUCAAGUCAACUCUGGGAAAGGACCUCUGGCUCAUCUAGGACACCAUUUGUGAUUUCUCCUCUUUCUGUUUCCUGUACAAUCUGACAAAAACGUUACAACAGCAUCAGAAGACAAAAUAGCCUGGAGAAUGUUAGCAAUUCAUCUUCUAUUUGAGCAUUUUGGACUCUGCUAUCUUGGUUUUCUGAAUCUUAUCCUGAAGUGUAUUUGAACAGAAGAGCUGAGCUGCAGAGGAGUGGGGGGAUACUAAGUUAUUAAAUCUAAAGAGUCUAGCUAAUUAAUUUGCUGGCUAAGAAGAAGGUUAACCAGAGUUCCUCAAAGGAUUAAGUGUAAAAGACUUUAGAAAACUGCUUCUUAAGACAUGGACCAAUAAAUAUCAAAGGAAAAUAUGUAUAUGUUAAUUUCUAGUCCAUAAAAGGAAGGAUUCAGGCAGGAGCUUGUUUGUUGCCUUUCCAAAAUGAACUCGAAGUGGGUUGUAAAAAGCAGCAGGACAUGAUGUUGGGCCAAACUGGUCCAGAGGUGUGAUUUCCAACAUGGUCAGGAGACUCUUAUACUUUUAUUUUUGAAGUUUGAGUUUUGGGUGCCAUCAAAUGAACCCCCCAGUGUUCAGGUCUGAUUAUGAUCCCGAUCCAAACGGUGUUGAUUGCAAUGCCCAAACAGCCCUAUUCACAGAAUAGCAGACCCUGACAUCCUGUCUUUUUUUAGCUGUUAAUGUCAGCCCAAUUAGAAAAAAAAGUAGAUUAAAUAACAGUCUGAAGUGUGUGAGGAAAAUGUCUGUGUGUGUUGUAGGUCAUAAAGCAAGGUGACUUCAUAAUAAAUUCACACUCACACCCCCGACUUUUGGAGCUCCCUCUUGUGUGCCAUCACCUCACCUCAGAGCCCAAUGCAAAGCUGAGCACUGUUAGGAUGAGGAGCGCGGCUUGAAUGUGUAAUCAGUUCAAUUUAAGCUCCGCCCCUAAUGUGCAUCCUUUGUUGGAAACACAACAAGGCUUUGUGUCAUCCCCCAAUUCUUUCCCCCAUUUUCUCCCUGUGCUGUGAAUUAGUUUGAAUUAUUGAUCAGCCUGUGAUUUAUCGGCUGGGCCAGAGUCAUAGGAGAUUUAGGGGAGAUGCAGAUGGGAAGGUGGAGAAAACAGGGAUUGGGGGGUGGGAGGGUUGAUUGCUCGACCUCUCACUCUGGACCAAUUACAUGCAUGACCCCUGGAGACCUGAGAUCUCUAUGUUUAGCUUUCCUUUCCCCCCCUCUCUUUCGUUGUCUUACCAGCUCCCUCCCUCUCUUUCACUCUCUAUCCCAUCUCUAUUGGCCUGUUACCACGGAAACCUUUACCUACACAACAAGCUGCAGAGAGGAGCCUGCGGGUCUUAAAAACCAACCUGUGAAGGGUGACUUGGGAAUGCAUGAUGAAAAUCUGAGGAAGCACGGGGAGGAGUGAGAGUGGUGCUGGUGGAGGACCUCAGGGGGGGAGAUGAGACUUGAAACACAUCCUUCUCAGAACAACUGUCAAUCGAAAGGCAGCUCUACUUAUACACAUACAUACAUAUAUGUAUAAAUAUACACAGCCUUAUAGGUGGGGUAGGCAGGAAUCCGUUAAAAAAGCAUCUUUUUUUGUGGUGUAUAUACAAAAAAGCUUUUAAUAUCAGUCAAUAGCUAUUUGUUAUUGAUGACAUUUGGUAAUAUAACUUUAUCGCUGUGUUUUGUUAAUUCUGAGUAGUCAACAUUUUAAAUUUUUUUAGCGGCCCGCUCUUUCUGACUGUGAACAAAGCCAUUCUCCACCUCCCCAACCUGAUUGGUUGUGAAGCAGACGCUGCUUCCUCAAGUUGUAAGGCACGCUCCAUGUCCUCCAAUAACGUUCAGGAGCCCAAACAAAGUUAGUGUACUACAAUAUCAGACAGUAGAAACCAAACAGAAAGUACAAAGAAUUGUCUGAAUCCACGACUGCCAACACAAGAAAGAAAACGAAGUAAAUACCGGAGACUCUGGCGGAAUAACAGGUGCUUAAAAAGGAGGUAGACCAGACAAGAGCUAAAAAGCCACCGGGUCAAUAUAAAACGAUAGGAGACGCUUCGGGAUGGACCCUGUAACUUUUCUGCUGGACAGGUAAACUGCUUUAACAAAGUAAGCCAAGUGUCUUUAACAGAAGCGUUUCUUGCCAAACGGGACCUACCGUGUGUUGUAGCGCUGCUAAACUGUUUACCUCGGGUCCUUGAGUAUGUCAUUUAUCCGAGUUGUAGAAGUCCUGCAAACAUUGUGUUUGCUGGUAGUCUGUUGGCAUUUACAGUAGCACCAAUGCUUUUUACUUUUACGUUGACUGGGCCCCAUUUGUAAUUAUCUGGAGUAUUUAUCUGCAUUAUAUCUGAAUUUAAUUGAAAUGAUACAAGCGAGCAGGAGCGUCUGUUUGUGGGCGGGGCUUGCUAAAGCAGAGAGGGAGGAGAGAGGAGGAGCUGAGGGGAAAACUGGUUGGGAGGAGUAGUGUUUACAUUCAAGAUUUCUCCCCAAAACGGGCACUUCCUCAGAUCCUGCCUACCCCACCUUUAAACCUUACCACAAACCAUUCCAAAUUGCAACUGUGGGAUAUAGUUGAGCAGUUUCCUUUCGACCAACUGUACCUGAAUUGUGCUUAUCGUUCCUGUUUUUCCCUGGGUUGUUUGUUAAACACAGAAAGCAGCAGUGUUUUAUGCUAAUUGCGACGAGGUGCUGACCUUCGUCUUGUUUCCCAACCUUCCCUGGAGUUUGGAGUCACCGCCCUCGCUGGCUGCAUGUUGGUUUUAUAAUAAUAACGUGUCUUCUUGGAAAAACCAUCCUCUCUUUGUCCCUGGUGGACCUUUUUACAACUGUUCGCCAUUUUAAUGUCUUCAAUUUAACAGACCAUUAAUUAUGUGGUCAUAGAGAAAACCGUGGACUGGCGAAUGCGAGCGUGUGCAUGCAUGUAACCAUCCAUGCGGCGCGUGUGUGUGUGUGUAAGUGUGUAAGUGUGUCUGUGUGUGUUCCACAUCAAUGACACUACAAUAUUAAGCCAUAAUGGAGAUAAAAGUAGAACUAUUUGCAAGCCUAUUUCUCUCUUUCCAUUCCAACGGUUCCAGCGGUGUCAUUUGUUAUAGUGUGGCAUCGAAUAAAUUGCUUUGGGAGCGCCACAGCUGGGAUGACUAUCUUGACUGAUCACAGUCAGUUGAAUGGCUGUAAAGCAUAUUCGUCUCACCCAGAUUCUCCCCCUCUGUUUGGGGCAUUCAGCGCUUGUUUUACAAGCGGCUUGAUGACUUCACUGGUGUUUUUUGCUCUAAUUGUGUUGCGUGAUCAAACAGUUGGACAGCAGGGAUGCGCACAUAACUUCCACUGCUGUAGAUGAAAGAUUAAGAGUGAUGGUAUUAUGAUGAAACGAGCAACAUUACCGAGUCAAUUAUGGAAAGUAGAGCUGGAGGGUCUAAACUGCUGACAGCUGUUUGCCAUUCCUGACUGCGCGGUCUUGAUGAGAAUUUCCUCUGUCAUAGCUAAAUUGCCUACUUGUUAAUUGGGGCGAAACCUGAACAGUUUUUGUUGGAUCUAGGACAUGGGGAGCCAGAGAGGGAGAGGGGAUUGGCUGGUUUAAGCUGCUCUCAUUUCGUCACUUUCCACUCCAUCCUAUUCAUUGUUACUGGGUUUUGGUUUGUUCAUCAAUGUAUUUCAUCCCUUCUACCAGCUUCUGAGAAAUCAAAGAAUCUGUGUCUGCUGCAGUCUGCCGUCUCAUCUUUCAUUUUCCAUAAGACACCCACACAACAAUCAGCAAAAUUGGAGGCACAAGAAAAGGAGACAAAACCAGACAAGUGACAUUAAUCCCCUGGUUGAGGCAGAAAUCAGAACAACCCCGUGUUGCUGCAUCCCUCCUCAAGUUGAUGCAGCAAAGCCUAAAUCAGCUUCUAAUAAUCCAAACAUUGCUGUCUGUCACCUUUGCAGAUAAACCUAAAAGAAAUGUUGGCUGACGGCAGAAGGGAGGAAGGGAGAUAAGUGGAGGACGGGGGACAGGGCAUGAUAAGCGCGUUACAAGAGAUAUCAGCCAUGUGCGGAAGGAUGUCGUCUGUCUCUGUGGAAAAAUCGGGGUCAUUUCUGAGUGAACCUUGCUUCACCUUGUUGAUUUGUGGAGUGAGAUGCUGUCAGGUUUAUGCAGAUUAGGACACCCAGACAUUUAGUGUUGUUAACACACUGAAUGGGUUUAUUUCAAAUACCAUUAUUCUGCUGGUUAAAUAUACUCUGCAGUAUAGGAUUAUAAUUAUCCCCUGUUUGAAUUUAAGAAAUGCUCUCUCUCAAAGAUGUAGUCUUAGUCCUCUCGGUGAUCAGGCAGGUCCUGCAUAAGCAUGUGUCAAUCACAGCUGAAGAGUGAAUAGGUAGAUGCGAUUCAUUCAGACAUGAUGCUGUAAAAACAAGUUACAAUGGAGCUUAGUACACUGAGUAGAAAUGUAAGGACUUUAAUAAUGCUUCUGUAAGCUGUGACAUUCACUCCGAAUGAAUUGGGGAAUUCUUUGACAUUUGGGUUUGAUAUUUACCAAGUGUGAGAUAAAAUAUUGAUCGGGGAUGUUCGUGUUUAGUCAAGUCAGCGGUUAAACAUUAAUACCUUCACUAGUUGGUACCAGACUUCCUACUUGGUUGAAUGAAUUAUUUAUAGUUCUAUAAUGAUAUGCCUGAAAUCUGGAUUGUAUUUGUUUUUGCUGGGCUGGUGGCUUUAAUGCUCUACUACCAGGAUGAAAACAGGCAGAUGACAGACAACAACUUGUACCUUGAGUUUGGCAGUAGUUUGAUCCAGAGAAUGGAGAUAAAGUUGUAUGUAGGCUGCUUCUAGUUAAAAUGGUGUAUAACUGACCUGAGCAAUGUGUAACUAGCACAGUUAACCUUCAAGAGAGACCAAAGUGUGGUGGUGUUAGCGCUAAUAAUGUUAGCCACACUUCGCAAAGCAAUUUGACGUUGUUUAUCGGCAGACGUUCUUGGAAUAUUUGGAUAAUCGGGAUUUCAGUUUCCAUUUUAAGAAAUAGGAAAUAAGUGGCUUUAGGACUUCUCUAUUAAUGUGGGAAUCAAUCAUUGUCCUAGCUUGUGAUGCGGUUCUCAUAAUGCUAGCACCUACGAUUUGCUAUUUCCAUCCCAAGUACUUAUAUGUAUGAUAUGACUUAUUUGCUUCUUUCACUUACAGAUUGAAAAUGUAUAAUCUGUCAACUUUACGAAAGCAGAAAGCAGAGACUCUAUACAGAAAGGUCAGAGCUUUACUCAGUUGCUUAGGUAGACCUUAACUUAAAAUAUUCAGGGAUUCAGAAACAGACGAUUUGUUUCCCAACUGCCCAAUCUCAAAGUAAGCUGCAUUAUGAAAACACAACACAACAAAUCAAAUAAAAGUUCAAGUUUAGAGUAGUUUUCCAGAGUCCUGAGGGGGAUUCAGUUCAAAGCACUGGCUUUUUAUCAUGUUUCUUUCAUUGGGAUGGAUUUAUGUGUUGUGUGUUCCCAAUAGCACCAAGAGAUUAGCAUGUUAUUAGCACUAAGAGCACUGGAGAUUUAACAUAUUUGAUCUUAAAUAAAGGGCUCUUUCAUCCAAAGGCUCUCAGUGGUCACUUUGCCGAAACCAGAGCAGCAGAGUGCACUCCAGUCUGUCUCUGUUUAGCGCCGCUACCUAAAACAAGUGGUGCUCAGCGAACUACAAAGGCUCUGGCUGCUGUGUUUUGCUGUGCGGCCCAUAUUUCAAACAGCGAAGAAGAAAGUGGCUUAUGGAGGCACCCUACCUCUUAAUCCCUGUCCCAGCUCUGUGAGACCAGGCACCACCAAGGGCUAUCUAUCUAUCCAAACCGCCAUGUACCAGAUGAAAGCCACACACAUAUACGCACACACGCGCCGUCACACACAUACUGAGAUUGGCACCAUUAGUUACACAAGGACUGGGCAGGCAGCAGGGUAUAAUGACUUUACCCAGGCAAGAGGUGAAAAAUUGGAUUGGGGAAAGUUUUUGAGAAGUACUUUACUGCCUGCUGGGAGUCAUGGAGCACAGACAAGCUGGGGCAAAAGCAUGGCACAGGAAAACAAAAAGAGUGCCUGCCAGCCUCUGAUUCUUGGCUCCUAUCUGGACUGUUUUUCUCUUUUAUAUAGAUUUGGAAUCGAGACGUUGUUUUGAUCUUGUGGGACAGUAAUAACUCGCUGCUUAAACCAGUUUUGCUAGUUUCAGUGUCGCUUUGAAACGGCUUUCUGAUAAUGAUUAACCCAAUUAAACAGUGCAUUCACCACUCUGUGUUGUGAUAGCAUGUUGUACAAACUGCCUGUGAGACGAACAUUUGUACUUGGAAAGCUGAAAACAAGAGGCCAACUGUUCCCAACAUUCUUGGUUGGAAACCUCUCAAAAUGCAGCUUAUACAUUUCUCUGAAACAAUGGGAGGCAUUAUUACCUUAAGCACUGAAUUAAAUCUUUUCUAGGCGGACUAAAGACAAUGAUGAUGAUCCGACUAAUUCGAUUCAGGUUCCCAAAAGUUAGCGUUUAACCCUAGAACGCUAUUGCCAGGUGAUUUUCACUCAACUUAACGUGAUUUUCAUUAUGUUGCGUUUAACAUAAUGCAAUAGUGAUAGAGGGUAAAGUAGGUUUGGGUGGAUUUAAUAGCUGCGUGUAGGCGAAUAAGGUCAGUAAGAGUGGUCCUGGAAUUUGCAUGCUAUCUUUAUUUAGCGCAGUGGUUAUGAAUAACUAUCACAAAGUAGUGAUUUUCAAGGGGAUUCAUAUAGUGAUAAGAAAUAUUUUAGUCAGCUGACACAUAUUUAGGAAUUUUUUGUUCAUGAAUGCCUAAUUUCAGUUAUUUUGUUGCAUUUUUAUUUGUUCCCCUCAUAUCCCUUUGGAUAUUGCACAGUUAAAUAUAAAAGAAAACUACUUUUAUGUGUCAUGUAUUGUCCUAUUUUGAUAUGUUUUGAUAAAAAGUACUUUUUCUUGGGUAUAUUAUUUCAGGUAAAAAUCACCCAAUGAUAGUGAUGGUGUUACUAAUUUUCGUGAUAGUGUUCUGGGGUUAAUUGUGAAAUCUUUUAUACAGGCUUCUGAUCCCCUAAAAUAUUUGUUUGUGCCGUACCAGGUGAUCAGCGGUUUUACAAAAUACUCUCUGAUCCGUUCAGGUUCAAUCAGGUAUUAGAUGUAUCAACACAACCUGUUAGGAACUACAGUAUUACCCUAAGUGACCUGAUUAGACUGAGUUUAAUUUGGGUAUCUGACCCUAAAGCUCAGGUCAAGACUUAAUUCCUUGGAACUGGAGAAGCUUCUCAAACUCUUAUUUUUCUUUGAAAGUGCACAAGUUCAUCUGAGAAUAAUCCUCUCCUCCCCUGUUUGUUAUCUUAUCUUAAUUAUGUUUACAGCCCUGAAGAGGUUCACUUAGCAAAUAAGAAUCCAAAGAAGUUCAAGCAAAUUAAGUGAUUAUGUGUAGCAAAAAAAUGUGUUUUCUGAUUUCCUUUUUAUCCUGUUAACCAUCUCCCGACCUCUUAGAUGUGGGUUUGUUGCCCUUUGGGAGGAUCUCAGGAGCCAAAUUUGGAACCACUGAAUUACACAGAACGAAAAAACACUCAUAGAAGUGGAUGUUCUCUUUGGUAGUUCCCACACUCGUGAGGAAAAUCUAGAGAAAAGUUUCAUGUCGUUUCCGAAACAGUGCAUAAUUCAGAUGUUGCGCACAAAUCAGGCAUCUGAUAUACAGUAUACUUUUUUAUGAGGCUUGACUGUGAUUGCUGAUGUGUGUUUGUCGAGAGUGAAAAGAAAACAACCCAUCAGUGAAGCCAUUAGAGUUAAAACAACACACACAAAAGAUAACUUGUGAGAAGAAGUCAUUGUAAUUCACCCUCCUUGAUGUCGUCCUGGCUGCCUGACUGUGUGAGUCAGAGUGAUACGCUUGAACAUGAAGGAGACUGACUCAUGCAGCCUGGAGUCAUAUAGAAUAGGCACACAGACACACACACACAGAGAGACAGGCAGGGAUUUUCAAAGCUGCAGAUCCUGAUGACACAUUUGGUAACAUGUAAUCAGAGGGCAUUUCACUGAGGACGAACAGCGAGUGAGUACCACUGAUGUGAUUUAUUGUAUCUGCAGGCUAAGGUGGAAAUCAGGGGGUCAUCAGCUACCGCCGUCCUCUUGCUUCAGGGAGGGGGGUCAUCAUCAGGUCCUCUCUUUCCUUUUCACACCUAAUCAGACGCUUGUCCUUUAACUUAACAUUCACAAGUUUUGACUUUAUAGUUGGCCAAAAAUCCCCCAAAACAUCCUCAUGUUUUCUUCUCUUUGGAUUUAAGGGGGAGUCUUACGCAAGGUGACUGUUUUUCAGGCGUUUGAGCACACAAGCACAUCUUAAUUAACCAUCAAAUGAUGCAGAUCAAACAGUUUUACCCUCAGACACGUCCACUUUGAUCCUGCAUCGCUCGUACUUUUCUCUCUCUUCUUUUUUGUGGCGUGUUUCAUACUGUGGUAAUGAUUAAAAUGUGGUGGCACUGUUAAUUUGAUGAUUUUGGAUGUUGAGGGAAGGAGGGACUGAAGCCAGAGAUGUUUGAUUGGGAUAAGAGAUGCACCAAGGGAACAGAGAUCCUGAUGUUUUGUUUUGUUUUUCAGUUCAGUGUUGCUUUUUUGUUACUGGUUCCCAGUUAAUUAUAGGGUUGGGAGGCCAGUGCAGUGAUUGACAUACUCUCUAUAGUACCAGAUACUGAAUUAUUGAUAAUAGGGGUGUCCCGAUAUGAUAUUGAUAUUGGAUAUCUGUCCAGUAUCAGCAAAAAAACAAAAACAAAAAACAAAUAUUGGAUUAUAUCGGCCUGCAUUUAAAGUCUCUGAUACCAGCACUCCAGUCCAUUUUAGACUCCACUCCAGCACCUCCAUCCAGCAGGGCCCUGAUCCAGCAUGCAGAGCCCACGUAAUCACAACAACAGUGUGUACUAAGAUACUAACAAAGUACUAAGGAGUAGAAGUGAUGUCGGCCGCGUGGCAGAAUUUUUCGUUAAAGUCCGAAAAAGACAUUGCAAGCACAAUUUUGUGCCAAUAUCGGAUCAAUAUCGGUAUCGGACAAUACUGAAGGCUACAAUACCGGUAUCAUAUUGGUAAUCGGUAAGUAAAAAAGUUGUAGCGGGACACCCCUAAUUGGUAAUAUGGUAUAUGAUACAGGGCUCGACAGUGCGACCAUUUCACUUGCAUUUGCGACUAAAAAUAGAUGUGUGCGAAUUGUAAAAGGUACUUAGGGGCACAUCUGCGCACAAAAAAACAUAGCUGAGGCAACAAAUGUUUUUUCAUGUAAAUGCCACGGUGAAGUAAGUUUCAGGUUGGAUAUUCGAUGGACAUUCACUGCAGAUCUACCAGUCUCCUCUCACUCUCCCUAAGUGGGAAUAGCAAGAGCAGCGCGGUUAAAUCUGCACCGCAGUGAAGUUAGUUUUGGGUUGGAUAUCUGACGGACAUUCACACAAAUAAUAAUACUUAGACACACCUCUUUAUUUCCCUAAUUUGUCCUCAUACAUUGUUUGUGUUUAAAUUUAAAGGCAAUUUUGAACAUUUUCUUCAACAGCUUCCAUGUCAUGUGACUAAAAGAUUUCAAAUUGAUUUAAAAUAAUAGUACUUAAGUCAACCAAUAAGACAAACAUUGUUUGAUCACUUUUCAUUGUGCCCCUGAAGUUCUUUGCAUCCUCCUUACUUAUUCAAUUUAGGAGCACAUGUUAGUGAAAAAGGUUAGUGUCAUGCCCUGUGAUAUGGCAGCGGUGUUAGUAUUAGAUCGAAUUGUAACUCAAUCUAGUGUCCAGAAGGGCUCUUUUAUCACUCUGUUUGUCAAUCACAUCUCUACAAACUGAUUGGAUGUACACAAGUUAGCAUCAUUCAGAGGAAGCAGCAGGAUCGAGGCCUUCAAUCUGUGUUAAUAAUCUGGUAUCACAUAAGUGAAGAAGACGUAAUUGACGGUUUCACUGAGAAGUGUGAGAAAAACAGACAAGAUUGGAACGAGGUGUGAGAGAGAGGGGCUUGUUGCAUCCUGCCGCUAUACCCACCCCUUAAUUGCUUAGUAUUUAUGGUGGGAGGAGCGGUAUGUGUGGGCAACAUAUACACACCCGAAACCAAAAUACACACUAAGAGAUCCCGUCACCCUAGAGGGAGUCAUUUGUGCUUGCAGGAGGUCGGUUGGAAGGCUUUUACGAGCCGUUAUGUAGCCGGCUCGCUAUUCCUGGAAGAGCGUUGGUAUCUUUUGAUCAAAUUCUGCUCCACUCUCCGGUAGCUUGCUUCCUAUGAAUUGCGGGCUAAUUGUGCCAUAUGGGGUGCAUGUGUGCGUGUAUGCCUCUGGGUGUGUGCGUGUGUUUCUGGGUGGGCAGGGGCCUCUCUACCCUUGAUUGAUUGUUGUCAUCUCGGCGGAUUAUUGAGUUAGCAGGGAACGUGAUAGGCUUACUACAGCAUCUCAGAGGAGCAAGCACAUACACACACAGAGACAAAAUACACACAUAUACACACAUGCACACCCCAAUGCCUAUACACUCUUUAAUUCAAUGACCAGUGGAAAUAUUUCAGUGAAAGGGUUCAUGGCCCAGUGUAAUUAAUGCAUCACAGGAUCUGAAGUAUGUGUGUUGAAUGGAUGGAGGUUUGUGUUUAUUGGCAUCUUUUGCAGCAGACAUGCAGGAAUGCAUGUGUGCAGAUGCAUGGUGAGGAAAAAGUUAAACUCUUUUAAGAAAAUUAUUAAAAUAUUAGAAUUAUUUUUCACGCUGAUAUGCACGCUAGAGAUGUUUUACAGUUAACAAAUACAUUAAAAUCAAAUUGCAUUAUGCUGAUUAGGGAAAGAAAAGAUGCAAAUGGGCUUAAAAUGUCCUCGUUCAUUUAGGCUUUCCAUAAUUGCAAUAGAUAAAUGGUACCAAGUACACCCAGAUAACAUCCCAAAGCUAUUUGCAUUCGUCCAGCCAAAUAGAAUAAAAGCUGUUUAACAGAUUUUGCAGAGUCUUUGGAUCUCUUUUUUUCCAUCAGGAUUACUGGAGGACAUUCUCGCAGCUGAGCUCCACCAUCUCCGACAAGAAAUGAUGCACUGCACCCCGUUUCUGUAAAAUAUCGAGAGGAGGGAUUUACACUUUAACAGACUUGGCAAAUGGUCACAGGAGGUCAGAUAGCUUUCACCGGCUCCCAGUUAAUUUAAGAGUUGAUUUUCAGAUCAUAGUGAUAACUUUUAAAGCACUAUCAGGGCUUCCCCCUAACUGCAUUGCUGAUCCUCUAAUGUCUUACAAGCUGUAAGGCAUGAGGUUUUACCCUGAGGUACUCAGUCAAGGGUCUGCUGAAGGUUUCACAGUCCAGGCUGAGGACCAAGGAGGACCAGGCUUUUUUCUGUCAGGGCCUCCACUCUUUGGAACAAACUGCCUGAGGAGAUCAGACUGGCAAGUUUUCUUAUCCUCUUUAAAAAAUUUUAACUUAGUUUUUAUUUCUUAAACUUUGAACUAAGUCUUAACUUAUGUCAUUUUGCUUUAAAGAUAGGGUAGGCAGGAUCUGAGGAAGUACCAGUUUUUGGGAGAAAUCUUGAAUGUAAACACUACCCCUCCCAACCAGUUUUCCCCUCAGCUCCUCCCUCUCUGCUCCAGCAAGCCCCGCCCACAAACAGACGCUUCUGCUCACUCGUAUCGUUUUAAUUAAAUUCAGAUAUAAUGCAGAUAAAUACUUAAGAUAAUUACAAAUGGGGCCCAGUCAACGUGAAAGUAAAAAGCAUUGGUGCUACUGUAGAUGCCAACAGACUACCAGCAAACACAAUGUUUGCAGGACUUCUAAAACUAGGAUUAAGUGACAUAGUCCAGGACCCGAGCGAAACAGUUUAGCGGCGCUACAACAUGCAUCAGGUCCCAUUUGACAAGAAAAACUUCUGUUACAGACACUCCGUAAGAUCUCAAAGUUUUUACUGCUGUUGACCCGGCUUUUUUAGCUCUUGUCUGGUCUUCCUCCGUUUUAAGCGCCCGUUUUUCUGUCAGAGUCUGCGGUAUUUAGUUCGUUUUCUCUGGCAGUCGUGGCCAAAGGAGGACUCAGACAAUUUUCCACAGUUUCUGGUUGGUUUCUACAGUCCGAUAUUGUAGCACGCUAACUUUGUUUGGGCUUGUGAACGUUAUUGGAGGACGUGGAGUGUGCCUCACAACCAAUCAGGUUGGGGGAGGUGAAGAAUGGUUUUGUUUACAGUCAGAAAGAGCGGGCGCUCAAAAAUGUUAAAAUGUUGACUACACAGACACAAGAGAACACAGCGAUAUGGUAAAUUACCAAAUGUCAUCAAUAACUAAUAACUAUUGACUGAUAUUAAAAGGUUUUUUGUAUAAACACCAGAAAAAAAAGAUGCUUCUUUGACAGAUUCCUGCCUACACCACCUAUAACUUAUUUUAUACUGGAUUUUUUCCAACACAUUUUUGCAGAUACUGGAACUUAUCCAGAUAUGUCACCAGCCUGCAAAUGUGACUAUAUACCACCGUGUUGAGAGGCUGGUUGUCCAGAGCAAUGACUGAAAAAGUUCCUGACUUUCUUGUGAAGCCUCUUUACCUUUAGGUCUCUCUGGCUCCCUGCUGUAUUUCUUAGCUUUGUUUAAUGACCGAAUUAGAGGCUGUUCGAGAUGCUUGCUGACAUUUUUUCAAUCUUGCAGUCGUGGGAAACCAAAGAAGGUUUUUUAACAGCUGAUGCUAAUUAUAAGAGAGCAGAUCAGCCAAUAAUCUGCUCUAUUGAUCAGCUAAACAAUUAAUUUACCGGUCUCUACUUUUCAAAAACUCCCAGUGAUGUGAAGACAGGCAGCUUCUGAGAUUUCCAGUUAGAUUGGUGGGUUUCUGUUUUCAACACAUUGUACCUCUGAGGGACAAUGAAGAACAUUUACAAAAUAACCAUGUAAGGGGAGGGAAAAUUGACAAAUUCAAUCAUGAAAAUAAAUAUUGCGAUACUUGGCUGUAUUGUUGUUUUUGCCACAGUCUGGAGUUUGGGCUACCAUUACGAGUUGUUGUUGAAUCUCGACUGGGGGAAAUAGCUCUUGGGACAAAUUGAAAUCUGAAAAUCUGACAACUAUUUAAAUGAGUCUGAAAAAUAUUACAACUCCUCAAAACACUUGUCGCAUUGUGCUAUUGGAAAAUGAGAGCCAUGAUUGAAAAGAAGAGAAGUUUAGGAUGCCCAAUUUGUCACCACUGCUCAGGAAAAGAAACUAGAUUUCGGGUCGGCUUGUUUUGGUCUGAAAAUGUUGAGAAAAAACAAAUUGAAUUUUCCACUUUGGGUCUCAAGGUGUCCUGAUGUGUGGAGGUCUUAAAUGUUUGCCCACUUUCAAUCUGCUGCAAAUAUUUCAUCUGUAUUGAAGUGUAAAUUUCCUUUCUCACAAUAACCCGGUCUGAAAGUCACACGUAUCUGGACAUUGGAGGUUAAUUGACUUUUAUCAAUCCAAUAUAUAAAAUUUCUGUGAUUUUUAUCCAGAAAUACAUCAGAACAUCUCAAGUGUUGUCUCUCUGAAAGGGUCAGACCUGUAAAAAACCUACUAUACCAGAGUAAAACCUACUCUAACAGUAAACUGUUGCCUAUCUGCGGCUCAUUCCUGCUGACGUGACUUUUUUAAGCUCUUUAAGCCUGACCAGGAGCAAACCAGGAGAUCUUUAUCUGUUUUGUCAUUAUUCAUUUCCUUCUUCUUCUUCUCAACCCAUGGGAUAGACGGACGUUAUUAGAGGGAGGAGGGCUUCUGUCGUUCUACGUUAGCAUAUGCUGUGUGUGAUAUCCUCUGCAUUUCCUCUCAUCGCUCUGUUUAUCUGUUUGGCCGUUUUCUGUCCUAAUAUUCUGACCAACAAUUUUGAUAUUGUUUCCCAGCUGUUGUUCAUUUUGUUUAUGAGUUUUGUGGUUUUAUGUUUGGGGGAGCUUUUUGUUGACUCUGGUGCGAUAGGUUGCAGUUCACUCACCCGGCCCUUUCGUCUGUUGUCUGACGAGUUAUUGCCUUCCUCCUCUAUGCGAAGGAGGGUUCAUUUUUAAUUAUCGCUCCAUAUUUGAUCAUUCCCUCCGCUGCCUGUCACAAUGUCUCAGUGGGCUGCUGUAACAUUUCCAUUACAUUAGGGAGAGCAGCCAUGGUUUUGUAUCAUAUGUGUGCGUGUGUGCGUGUGAAAGUGCUCAGCGGUCAGAGACGAGAUUCCCUCCUCACAUCCUCAUCCAUCUUCAAGAGCUUGGCUGGAAAUGAUGUGUCUGUGCACGAGGAAAUGCAUCAUUGACACACAAACACACACACAAACACACACACACACAAUGGAAUUGGAUUGGCAGUGGAAUUCUAAUUAAAUGGUUCACACUCUCCCUGUGUUUUCCUCACAAAUGGCAUGCUAAUUGAGUUGAUGCUAAUAGGAACGCACGCUCUUUAAAGGCUUCGUAUUGAUUUUUCUCUUUUGCUGUUGUAAAGAAAAGCUGCAUGCUAACAACUGAUGUGUUUUUAAGAAAGAAAACAAAGGAUAUCAUGAAUGCAUCAGUUUACGUGGGAGCAGAAAGGAGGAGCCACUUCUGGAAAACUCUGGAAUUCAUUUUAUUGUGAAGGAUUUAUCGUGGCUUAUGCACGUACAUGCGCAAACCUUUAUUUGUGAGCGCAUACUUUAAUAAGCACCUAAGCUCACCACAACGGUAUUAUUAUUGUUGUAAAAGGAAGGCUUGUGCUUCCCGUAAAGUUCUCAGAGCUUUUCUCCUUCCUGCAGGCCAUUGGCAGGUCGGCUGGAAAGAGUGAGCUUGUCUCUAACUCAGCAGGGGCAAAAUCGAUAAACCUGUCAUUGUUUAUUCUAUAAAACUGCCAGUAUUCACCUCUGGGCACUCCCACAGUCAGGGGCUAAACACUCCGGCUGUUCACGUUGGUCCCGGUCAUUGUAGGAUUGCUGUGAGGGAGGUAGAUCCUGUCUCAAUAAACUAUGAGGAGUACAUGAAGCAAACUGCUGGUGUUUGUGUGAAAGCUGACACUCACAAUCUUUUUUUUUUCUCUCCCUUUCUUUAGGUCUUGGCUUUAGAGAGACAAGUCUUUGACUUUCUGGGUUACCAAUGGGCCCCAAUCCUCGCCAACUUCUUCCACAUCAUCAUCGUCAUCCUCGGCCUCUUUGGUACCAUCCAGUACCGGCCACGCUACAUUAUCGUGGUGAGUCCAAGCAACCCCGAAGACUUGUAGUUCACAUGAGCAGCCUGCUCCGUAAUCCAAUUCUUCACAGUUUCUGUUAAGCAGUGUCACAUCACUUUGCAUUAGCCGUCUGCCUGAGCAUCCGACCGGACAUGUUGUUGCCUUUCCUGCAUAAUUGCGAAGUGUGCCUCGCUCUCUUGUGCAUUGUGCGACACCCUUAAAUCACUCUAAUCCCAGGGUAAUUAGGGCUAAUUAAACAGAGUGGGGGUGCGGGGGUGUACUAAGGAGCUCAUCAGAUUUAUUCUCAUGCAUGGAGUUUCUGGACAGAGAAGGUCAUUCUGUGAAACAUGAUGCAAAGCUUGUGCCGAUUUUAGUCAUUUCCGUUUUUAGAAAAAUGUAGAUGCGCACUUCAGUUUUAAUACGAAUCCACAACGCUCAUCUUUGAGAUUAAAAGCCUGUUUUUAGCGACAGUAGUGGAGGAACAGAUGGUGAAGUUGAUGACAGGAAAAGAUUGGGGGGGAUGUGAGAUUAAGAUAGAGGAGAAGAGAGUAAAUAAAGAGAGACAGGAGGGAUGUAGGAGGAUAGACAGGAGCCUCACAGGAUAUAAUGAAGAAGCAGAGGAAGCAGGAAUUGAAGGGUGUAGAGGAAGGACAAAGAGAGAGCGAGGGAGAGAGAGAGGCUUUUGUCUCACUGCAAGUGGAAAAAGGGAGAGGGUGAGCGGAGGGGUUUCAUGAUCCAACAUGUAUGUUUUUUACAGGCGUUGUUUUUUGCUCUUUGCUCUUCCUCUGACACCUCCUGACAUUUUCAACCCACUAUUCAUCAUGAGUCAGAAGAUUUCACAAGCUCCCCUCACAAUGAUGCCUCUCUUCCUCACUCUCUCUUUGUCAGUGAACAUCUCUCUGUGUCUGUCAACAGGCUGCCGUCUGACGGUAUAAUUUCAUAAACGGUUGAAGUUGUGAACUUAAUUCAGCCUCUGCGGUUUGAAUAGUUGCUGCUCCCUCAGGGCUCGAACCGACUCGCUGAACUUUGAGGCACUUCUUUAAAAAAAUAGUGAAGUUUUCCAAACCAACUUCUGUUUUUCAUGGUGCCUAUAAUUAUUGUAUACGGUAGAAUAUCCAAGUGUAGGAGCACACCGUUAUCUGAACUUAUUCAUUUGACCUGUCAUUCAUUUUGUAAGCUCUCAUAUCUUGGUCUUUGCAUCUUGUUGCCAUGGUACUAAUCUGUCUGUGUCUUCGCCCUCCAGUACACAGUGUGGGCAGCUCUGUGGGUGGCGUGGAAUGUCUUCAUCAUCUGCUUUUACCUGGACGUAGGAGGCCUGUCCAAGGUGAGACUUAAAAAAUCACAGCCUCUCUUUUUUCAUUUUGUUUGAAUUUCUCUUUUUUUUUUGCGUGUCCGUCUCCAGUUUGAUGAAUUCUCUUUUCUUUCUGAGGUCAUGGUUACAGUCAGCUCUGGAGUGAAAUAUGAUCAAUAUUUCUGGGUCUUAGGCGACGUACAAUACAGGUGUCUUGUAGAUGUUGAAAAAUAGUCACAACUCAUACACACGUCUACUAAUGCCACAGAAACACAUCCUUUUUAUUUAGUAGGGAUGUAACGGCUCAUGAAGUGUGUCUACUGCUGUUUGGGUUUCACUCCAGACAAUGUUUGUGCUUCCACUGCCUCCACAGUGUUGCGUGUUCCCACUAUCAAUAAACUCAUUGACGAUCUACUGCUCUGUAUUUAUUCCUUGUAUCCUAGUCUUAGCAGAGUCUCCACCUCUGUUUGCAGGUAACAUAUAGAAAAAAAGACUUAACAGGCAACUUUACAUCAGAUAUCAGGGUUUACGGCUGCUUGCAAACUACUCACUCCUCUGACUUUAAAAACAAGCAGAAGUCUUUUUUUUCCCUUUAGGAAUAAAAUUUGUUAUCAGAGUAGCAAAUAAAGUAACCUUGGAAUAAGGUUACUUUAUCAGGUUACUGAAUUUUUAUAAGGUUACUGAAUUUCCCUUCGAGGAAGAAUAAAGUUAUUCUUAUUCCGAGGUAGUAAAAAGUCCAAAUAAAAGCAUUACAAGUAAUAGUGUAAUGGGAGACCCUUAAAAUGUGGGAAAAGAGGUACUGAAGUUGGAUUUACAACAUAAUGUAACUUGAGUGUAGUCUUAAAUCCUUACUAAAUGUCAAAGGCACAUAAUAAGGGCGUCCUGAAGUUUAUUUUUGUUUUGCCCUGAAAUAAGCUAAUUUUUUAACCUGUUUCAUCACCUUUGAGUGUCAAACGUCUUUAGUGCACAAACUAACUUCUACUGAAAGAUAUGUAAAGAUAAGUAUCUUUCUCUUUUAUCUGUCGUCUCUUAUUUCUUUUACCUCUAUCUUAUUUUGGCUUUACUGUCUUUUUAGCUUUUGUUAUACUUGUACUCUUUUCUUAAUUAACCUUUUAUUGUUUUAUCUCUUGCUCAUUUCUGUUGCUCUAUUUCAUCAUUACUAUUAUUAUCAGGAUAACCUGUUAUUAUUUUAUUAUCAUUGUUGAUAUUGCCUUUUAUAUUUACUAUCCUGUUCCCGCAUUCGACCCCUCUUUUAACUGCAUUUUCUUUUUUCUUAACUAUUUUAUGUUUUUAUUUUGGUCCUUAUGGUCUCGUUUUAUGUUGUACAGUUCUUGUAUUGUCUGGGUUCCUUAAGACAUAAAAAUGGCCUUCAAUUUGGUUGUAACUUAGCUUUUUGUUUUUAUCUGUAUUUUUCCAUGUGCUUUAUGACUAUAUGUCAAAGCACUUUGUAAACUUGUUUUUAAAAGUGCCAUACAAAUAAAGUUUAUAUUCUUAUUACUUUUAUCUUAUUAUAAAAGUGGUCUAUUUUACAGAACAUGAACAUUAACCAGCCUGUCUACAAUGCAGAGCAAGCUCAACACAUUUCUGUGUGAGUGAACCAAAAGUUCAGUUUUACUAGCAUGUGUCAGAAGCACAUCCGUUUAAAGGCUGAUGUUUUGAGGGUAAGUUCUUUCUCUGGUUGUUUUAAGCAUCCAUGGCACAAGCAUGUUAGUCCACACUGAGCUGUCCCGAGAUGGAAAAUAAACAACUCACUCAGGGAAACUCUGAAUUCUUUCCUCUGCCAGGAAAAAGCCUCAAGUCUGAGCUUGUUUGUUUUUUUUUCUCCCUGAGAAAUAUUCAGAUUUAUUUCUGACCUUGUGCCAAUGUUAUUUUCUCCUUUUUAUUACACCAGGCAAAUGUGCUCCAGGAAUAAUUGUUGUAAGAUAUAAAAGUAUAAUUGAGCGUUCUUGAGCUUAUAUCAACACUGGAGAUAUACUUUGGCUAUAAUUGGAUAUGAUAUACCGCUGCAGGGUGUUUUAGCAUAUGUCAAGCCUGAUUGGCCAAGUGUACUUGACAUAUACAGCCCAAUAAAACAAUCACUCUGGGUAGAUAAUGAAAAAUACAGCACAGUCCCAUACAAAACUAUACAGUAAAUCUCACUCCAAGUUUUAUAGAGUGUGAAAUACUUCCAACAACUACCACGCCUCCACCUGGAUGUAUAAUUUGGACUUGGAGUUUGUCAAAGUUUGUUUUGGAUUGCUUGUAUGGUGAGAAUCUCUAGGGUACAUUCACCGUCCUGUUGAGUUUAAGGCAGAUAUUGUUUAAAAAGCACAGAUAAAUAAUGUGAGAAAUCUUACCACCAUACUUUAUCGUUAACCAAACAUAUCUCCUUAAUUAGUAUGUCGUUUUAGUUUACACACAACCCACAAAUUUAAGCCCCCUUCCUCCCUCUGUCAUCUCUUCUCCUUUAUUUAAGUCUGCUCACUGCCCCCUUUUGAUCUUCUUUAAUUUAUUCUGAAUAAUUUGCAAUUUUCAUAUCUUACCUUUUUCAGCAGCCUUUCCUCUCUUAUCCUAUCCUCUAUUCCCUUCUUUUCUCCUCUGUUCUUUUCUCUCUUCCUCCCUCUUUUCUCAUCUCCUCCCUCACUUCUGAUAGCUAUCUUGCCCACUUGCCCGCCUUACCAUCAGGAAUAAUGAAUUCAUGUCGGCGGUGCUCAUCUCACACCAGUUCAGACAGCCAAAAAUUAAUUUCAGAAACACCUUCCCAAGCUCUGGCGACUUUGUCAUUGUGUGAUGGACCAUGGCUCCAUCAAGUGUGUAUGUCUGUCACUGUGUGUGUGUGUGCAUGCGUGUGUGUGUGUUCCUCUGUGUUUCCUACUAGAAUAAUGAGGCUUGUAGGGGCCAGCUGCUUGGGGCUGAGGCUGGGCAUUAACCCGACAGAUGGAGCCAGCCCGGACUCCCAGCUCUGCAUAUGGUGGCCAGGAGGAGAGCUGGCUAAUGGAGCACACCCACCCACCCACACCCACACCCUAUGCACCCUAACAUGCACGACCAAACAUGGCACGCGAAUAGGUCUUCAAUAUAUUUCAUCAUAAAACAGUCAGCCCAUUCUGUCUGACUUGUCCUGGCUGUGGCUGACAGGAUUCUUCCUGAGGGUGUUUUUGUGUUUGUGUGGGUUUGUGGGGUGUGUAUGGGUGACAGGUCCCUCAAAGUGAGGGGGCAGGUUGUUGGAGUCAUAUGCCACAUGCUCUGUCACCUCCCAUUGAUCCUUUAUCCCCUCCCCCAUGGUGAAAGACAGACUGACAGACAGAGCCGAGCUACUCAGCUAACACCUCUGCUGUAAACAGUCCAAAGUCUUUUACUGCUAUCACUGCUCCUGCAGAAAUGGACUCUGAGGACACGGCUGUGUGCAGCUGUUUGAAUGAGAAUAAAAGCUUCUUUUUCCUUCUUAUUCGGAUAUUUGGCUCUCAGUAGCAGAGCAAAAAUACUUUCAAAUAAAUACUAAUUGAGCUGGCUUUGGAUCUUUGGAGUAAAUUUCUUCUAUUAUUUCUUCCUCUGUUUUUGUGCAACGUUGUGAUACACAGAGGGUAACUUCAAACCAAAGAACAAGUGAAUAUCACCGUUUGACGCUUUAAAUUACGGCUAUCCAACUUGGUAAACAUCACCUGAAUGUGCAUUCAUAUAUUGGUGUGCAGCCCUGCAUAAACACAAUAUCAGAGAGAUGCUAACAUGGUUGAUAACUCCUAUAAGGCAGUUUUUUUUCACUAUUGUUUUUAAGCUAAGGUUGGACUACAUCACACAAUUAUAUUAUUCACAUUAAUAAUAAUAAUGAUAAUAAAUUGUAUUUAAAACACACUUUUACAGGUGCUCAGAGACCCUUAACAAAGAAAAAACACAAUUUAAAAUACAGAAAAUUUUGAGAAAUAAAACCAACAAUUUAAAAGGUUAAAAAAGACACAAUAUGAAAAAAAAACAACAAGAACACUUCACAGGUUAAAAGCCAGUUUAAAAAGGUGUGUUUUUAUUUUCUUUUUUAAAGUCUGGGGGUCUGUACAGUCUCGGACGGGUUUGGGGAUUGAAUCCAGGGGUUGGGGGCGCCAGCGGAGAAGGCUCCGUCCCCCCAAGUUCGAUGCUUGGUCCAAGGGGGUAGGGCAAGAGGAUUUCCUUCCGAGAAUCGGAGGGCACGGGAGGGGGUGUAGUGGUGGAGCAGGUCGGUGAGGUAGGUGGGGGGCCAGGUUGUUAAGUGAUUUGUAGGUGAGCAGGUGUAGUGUGACAUAAUGAAAUGAUACAUGAUGAAUAACACGGCCUACAAACAGCUUCUAUGUCUAAGAUUCAAAAUAGUAAACAACAGAAUAAAGAUACGAAUUGUGGGUCAACAGGUGGACUAAAAUAUCUUUUACUUCAAGCUCCUAUCUGGGUCUGAUUUUGACACCUUCUGUGGACAAAGUUGUCAAAAUACUCUUUUGUCAGUCACUUAUUCAAGGAUCCUUCUUGUAGAAAUGUAAAACAAACACACACAUCCCUGAAGCAACAGUUUCAGGCACUGAAAAUAACCACAUAGACAAACAGUCUCUCCACAUGCUGUUGCUAUGAUUUCAAAAUGAGGAUAGUUUGAUUGUCUCAGUAUGAAUGACACCAAAAAACAUCCUCUGCUUUACUAUCUCUUCGUCCUCUUUCCACCUCCCACACACACCGACUGCAAACUUUACUGCUGAGAUGAUAGCGGGCCACUCAAACAGUCCAAAUCAAUAUGAGAGUCACAGAGCAUAGACUUCUCAUAAUACUUGAGAUAACUGCGUGACUCUCAUUGGUUCCAGCUAAGUCAGAAACGCCCUCUUAGCUUCACAGGUUAGCUCUCUAAAGUGAUCAGGCUAACACAAUAAAUCAUGAGAAAUACAAUUCUGAUAAUUUGAUGGAAAGCCUUCAAGAAAGUCUCCAGUGAGUCCAGGAACGGGGUCUUCUCUAAAUAUGUAUCGACUUUUGUUAAGGAAAAUGGUUAGAGCAGUGUUCGGGGACUAACCUUGAAUGUAUGAUAUCAGGGGAUUGAUUUUGGUCUAACCAGAGCACUCCUGAGAAUAAAUUGCCAAAAGCUUCUUCUAUCGACUUGCUGACACUACUUCAGUCUUGGGUUGGAUAGACAUGACUUCCCCAGCUCACAGGCUCAAUCAGCGACAUCUGUCAAGCCAUUAGUGGGUGCAGUCCUACAUAUUGACCCUCAGGAGCCCUUGUCUCAGAAAGAGUAGCAUUUUUAAAACUCAUUCAUAAACCCUGUUGCACAUAUCUUCAUUUUUUUGUGUUGUUGACGACUAUGUAUAUGUCAGUGUGAGUGGGGGUGGAUAGAAAUCAGAGAUGGUUCCCUGGCAGCACUUGGCUCUGUUAAUAAUGCAUGUCUUGUCGCUGGGGGGCAGAUGCGGGGUUAGAUUGCUGUGUUGGGGUAUUGAUUUGGUGCGAGCGUCUGUGCGUCUGUAUGUGUGGGCUCAUAUGGCUGUGUGCAAAUUGAACAUCGCUUGGCUGCAAAAGAGCUACAUGUGAAAAAAAAAAGUGCUGCUGGAUCUAAAAGUUUUCAACUCAACUUAAAAGUUUACUUCUAAUGUAGAAAGUUUGUUGAGGAUUCAUGCUCCUAGAGACUUGGCAUGUCGAGGGUGUUGUCUGUUUGAGUUAGAUGAGUGAAUCUGAAAAGAUAUCCCAUGUAGUAUUACUCUCAUGCACCUUAAUUGGCAUCUUCAAAUGAAAUACAUUUCACUUUUAUCUGUUAGUAUCAUUGAAUGAGGCCACAUUAAAAAAUUUGAUAAAAAAUAAGACUUUGAGAUUAAAGUCAUUAAUUUACGAGAAUAAAGUCAUUACUAACAAGAAUAAAGUCAUAAUAAAGUAAUUACUUACUGGAAUAAAGUCAUAAUAAAAUCAUUAUGAUACGUAUGAUAAUGUUGUGCUGAUGUGCCAAAAGAUUAAGUACCCCUUUGUUUGAGAAACCUAUAUUGAAGUAUGUUUUCACAAAAUGCUCCAUGGCUCUCAUUUCAACAACUGUCAUCUUAAAAAACAGGUUAGAAUACAAGGACUUCAUUCUGACUCAAUUCUCAUAAAUGAUGAUUUCAUCAUGACUUUAUUCUCGUAAGUAAUAACUUAAUUCCAACUUUUUUAAUCUCAAAAUUUAGACUUUAUUCAUGUAAUUCCAUCUUUUAUCUCGAAAUUUCAACUUUAAUCACGAAAUUUCUAUUUUUUUUCAUUUCAACUUUUUUAGAUUUCAACUUCAAUCUCAAAAUUCCGACUUUAAUCUUGAAGUGGAAAUAAAAUAAAAUCUCCCUCUUGUAACUAUUUUUUUCUCUUCUUGUGGCCCUAAUCCUCUUUCGUAGGCACGGCUCCAUGUAUCACUUUGCAUAUGUCAUUAAAAAAUACGUCUCAAAUGACUAAAAGCAACAUUUCUGUCUUCCAACAAUAACCCUCUUACCCACAAAACUCACUGGUAGCGUCUUUUAAAGGGAUUAUGUAUGUACCAAUAAGUAGCUUUUGCUGUGAACUGUUGACUGCAAAGUCUGUGGAUUAUCCUGAGAAACAAGCAGAAUGUUGUUCAAGAUGAAACGCAGUUUUAUUCAGCACUAAUUCGACAAAUACAUCCACCUUUACUUGAACCUAAUAGGAAUGAAAAUAAAAACUUUAAGGGCUACGAUUUGACACACUUAUAACAAAAACUUUAAACCAAUUACACACAUUUGUACUGCGUUAAUAAAAUUGAUUAAAAGAUGUUAAACAUGGCAAUCAACAUUUAGUAUUUGCCGUUUUCUGCAUAGCAGCACCUAUGAUGCUAGUAAUUACCUCAAAUUACCACUGUGCCUAACAGCCCUACACAACUGAAAGCCAUGCUAAUGAGUCUGCGUUGGCUGUAAUUAGGUGUAAAUAAAACUCUUGCUGCAGGUGUCUAUGAAUGAGCUCCUUAUCGUAUGUGCUGCACCUCCUGUGACCUACAUGGAGAAUCUGAGCAAAAUGAAGCUAAUUCUUCUUUUCCCAUUUCAGGACAGCGACCUGCUGACAUUUAACAUCUCAGCCCAUCACUCUUGGUGGAGCGAACACGGGCCGGGCUGUGUGAGGAGAGAGAUGCCACAGGCUCCAGGGGUCCGCACUACAGAGACUCACUCCUACAUCACCGUCAUGGGCUGCCACAUGGACUAUCAGUACAUCGAGGUGGUGCAUAGCGGCGUGCAGAUUCUUGUUGCUGUAAGUAGAAGUUGUCAGUGCUUGUUUGACUCUGUUGACCCUAUUCAUGUAUGACAUACUUCAUACUAGGAUUCUCACAUGAAGAAAAGGAAGGUGAUGUUUUUGUGUCCUAUUCAAACAUUUUUCUGAACACAACUCCGCCGUCUUUUAUUAUGUCUAUCGUGACCUCCCUUCCUCUGCACCCGACGCUGAAUGAAAAAUUGAUCUGUUGUUUUGUCUGGAGGAGACCCAGACCUGCCAGCUGCUAACAGGUUAUUCAAACACUGGAAGGACUGUUAUUGUCCUCUUUAUACAGCCUUGUAUGAAUACUCACAUCCUGCCAGCAUGCACAUUAGCACACACUCAUGUACGACUCACCAACUCCUCACUGGACGGGGGCCAGGACACUCCUUAGGCUGCCAGCAGGUAUUUUGGUUCAGACAUGCAGAUUACAAAUAUCUAUUCUCUGUAGUGUUAACGUUCGCUCACUUUGAUUCUGGGGCACAUAAAACGCACACACCUUUUUUUUGACCCAGUUUUUAAACAAAUGAGAGGUUGAAUUAUUUGUUAGAGUCACAUGAGAUUUAAUUUUUUUUUUAACUGAUCUAAAUUACACCUGGCAUAGCACAGUGAAUGUAACCUAGCAGAUUGGAAAAGUGGGAGAGUCUGGAAUAUAGGCUUGAUAAAUAAUUAAUGUAGCAGCCUUUGUGUCACUUAUUGGUUUCUGAACUGUGCUGAUUUAUCCUUGCAAAUUAGUUUUAAAGAUAUUGCAUUAGCAAGUUUUUCAUAAAUGGUGGACCGGCUGAUAUGCAUGACAACCAUGGACACUGUAGCUGUUUGCUGUUUCUGUUUGCAAGGAGGCCAUUUCUGUGCCUCUUGUUAGGUAGACGAGGGCUGGGCGAUAUGGCCUCAAAUCAAUAUCACAAUAUAUUGAGCAGUUCACCUAGAUAACGAUAAAUGGACGAUAACUACUCAACAAAGUGCUCACCCCCUCCCAAAUUAGCUUAGUCUACUUCCACUCUAGCCGCUCCAACUUUUGAACCAUCCUCCAUUUCCUCACCUGUCUUUUCCUCUUUGUUACAGACUGGAUGGGGUGGAGUCACGUCCUCGAUGUAGGACAGUGUCUUAAGGGGACAUGAGACCAUAGCCUACUUACACACACCCAAAACCAACUUUUAUUUAUUUUUUUGACACCGAAUAUACCCAUAUGGGAAAAUGAUGUCGGUUAUUGUUGAAAAUUUCAGUAUCUGUACAUUUUUGGUUUAUCGCCCAGCCCUAAGGUUGACCAUAAAUUAGGUUGCAUAGUUUUCAAAACUUUGUUUCAGAAACUUGCGAGUGACAUUAGUUCGGCUAAAGGCUAGAUGUGAUACAUAAUUUUUAGCUGCAGAGAUGGAGUAUGUUGCAACUGUUUGCUAAGAGGCUAAGAGUCCACUGCGGCUCGACCUCGCUUCCUGAAUCAAUCAUAAGCUAGGCUCUCUUCAGAAACAGGGUCAUCUGUGGACAGUUUUCAUGAUCUGGAAAAAAAAAAAGCCACAUCAAAACCAUUUGUAAAUGUGUAUUCAUGCUUUAGACAUUGUCAUUUUAAUAUGGGACUCAUGGGGAUGGGGAGUAUUUAAUUUUUUUGACCCAGCCUCAAACUCAAACUUUAGAAGCUGCACGUUUUUGCUGCUUCUGGCUCGCCUGAGAGACAUUAAAUCAUAGUAUUCAUCCAUCACCCCUGUGGAAAAAGGUAAUAAAAAUGGCUGACCUCUCUUAAAAGCCGCUACUAUCUUUCUGAACCUCAUUAGCCUCUGCUCCGUGGGCGGUGAAUUUUCAUUCUACUUGCCACACAUGGACUUUCACUCCUCUAUGUGAGGGUUUUUUUUCUUUUUUUGGAGACAUUUCAACAUGGUAUUGUCCUUCCAAGCAUUCAGUGGCUUCUUCUAACAACAGGGAAAUUGGAACUUAAAUCCCAAUGCCACAAAUUGCUUCAUUUUCCUUGAAUAAUGGGGGGAAAAGCGAUUCUCCUCUUAGCAAAACGGAGCCUUCUAACUACUACUGUCGGUCUGCUUUGUUCCUUUUGCUCCCUGCCAGACAGACAGAGGAAGUUGAAGGAAUUAAUCAAAAGAAAAGAAAGAAAGAAAGAAAGCGAGUCUCUUUGUCUUUGUUAAAGAGGUUUCAAGGUUGCCCACGAAAGGCCAUUAAAUAUUUAGUUUGGGCUUCAAGGAGCAUGUUUCAUUAAAAUGAAAAAUGUGGAUCCAUUGACCAGGCAUCAAUGUCAUCUAUCUCCUCUGAUUCAUCACGAGCUGCAAGCAAUCCAUUCAGAAGUGAAGUUUUGGAUUCAGUCCCGUCAGCUUUGUGUUGUGGAUUUUGCUGCUACAGGCAACAUCCAGUCAAGAAAGUAACUUUAAGGUUUAUCGGAUAAGCUUGAAGUGGUUCAACCUUUUCAAAACUGGGGUCAUGUAUUAUUCAGUGAUCCAUCACUGAGAGGAAUAUGUUGCUCAAUAUCGGCUUUUAUCCUAUUCUUUUCUGUCGGAGCCGAGACCCAUCCCUUCAAAAAUACAUAUUGCUACUGAGUGGCUUUUCUUUUCUGCUGCUGUCAUAAAAAUAACUGAUUGUUCUGUCAGGGAUGUCGGCAGAAAAUCUACACAUACUUUCCCCCCUCUUUUCAUCCUCCCAUCAUUCUGUCUGCUUUUUUUUUUUUUUUCUUCUGGUGAGCUGUGUUCGCUGUUAAAUAAAACAGCGGAGUCUGAGAAAACAUCUCCGGUGAGACACGGGGGUAGUUAGAAAGAAAGGUACAAGAGAGAGACAGGAAAACCCGAACAAUAUGUGAUAUUCAGUUUACAUCUGUAGACAUAAGUCUUCCCCGCUAACUGGAGCUGUGAGAGAUGUCAAAGGCCUGUUGGAGACGCUCAUAAAGCGGCCAAUGAAAGUGCAUCCACACACUUUCUCACACAAACACACAGAUAUCAUAUCAUUUAAUGGAGGUUAUUGCUGCCACAGGCUAUGCUUUCCUCUGAUGCCUCUCUAUUCCCUGGGAACCGGCAUUUGAGGGGGUUGUGUGGACGUUUGGUUACGGGGGAGAAAAGAGCAGCCUGCAUUAUUCUCAUGUUCCAGCAUUCAUUUCCUCCUUUUUUUUCAUCUAUCAUACCCCCUCACAAUCUCUCAAAUAUGCCUCUCUUC